UCUCCUUGCUUCUGGGGUCGUGGCCUUGCUCCCGCUGUGCGGGAAAAGAAUCCAGGUCUUUCCACGCCCUUGCGGGCGCGGGGGCCCCGAAGUGCUCGUGGUUCCGCGCUAGGUCUCUGCUGGGUCAGGAACCAGAGCCACGGGUGGGACCACCAGCACCUGCCGGGUCACCUUUGAGGCGGACGAGAAUGAGAACAUCACCGUGGUGAAGGGCAUCCGGCUUUCGGAAAAUGUGAUUGAUCGAAUGAAGGAAUCCUCUCCACCUGGUUCGAAGUCUCAGCGGUAUUCUGGUGCUUAUGGUGCCUCAGUUUCUAAUGAAGAAUUGAAAAGAAGAGUAGCUGAGGAGCUGAUAUUGGAGCAAGCCAAGAAAGAAUCCGAAGAUCAGAAACGACUAAAGCAAGCCAAAGAGCUGGACCGAGAGAGAGCUGCUGCCAAUGAGCAGUUAACCAGAGCCAUCCUUCGGGAGAGGGUAUCAAACAAGGAGGAAGGCGCUAAGGCAGAGCACUCGGCUAGGCAGCUGGAAGAGAAAGACCGAGUGCUAAAGAAGCAGGAUGCAUUCUACAAAGAACAGCUGGCUAAACUGGAGGAGAGGAGCUCAGAGUUCUACAAAGUCACCACUGAACAAUAUCAGAAAGCUGCUGAAGAGGUAGAAGCAAAGUUCAAGCGGUAUGAGUCUCAUCCAGUCUGUGCUGAUCUGCAGGCCGAAAUUCUUCAGUGUUACCGCGAGAACACCCACCAGACCCUCAAAUGCUCCUCUCUGGCCAUCCAGUAUAUGCACUGUGUCAAUCAUGCCAAACAGAGCAUGCUUGAGAAGGGAGGAUAAAAACUUUCAGAACGAGCAAAACACCAUCAACGUUAAUUCCAGAGAUGGAACACUUUUUUUUUCCUAGUAAGAAAAUAACCCAUUUGAAGAGAAGACCACUAAUGAGAAGACCACUAAAGACAGACAACAAGAAUGGACUCAGCAGAAUCAUUUCACAUUUUGAACAGCAGCAAUUUGAAGGGCCAAAGCCUUGAUCAGGGAUCAGUCAUUAAAGGACACACUUCAGUAUUAGUAAACCCUCUUAUGAUGAUUAAAAGAGAAGGG